GCUCCCGGCAGGUCUCAGCUCGGCAGCACAAGGUUCUCCUCGCUCCUCAGCCUCAAUGAAGCAAUGCUUCGGCUCCGGCUCUUAACGUGGGACGUGAAGGACACGUUGCUCCGGCUCCGGCACCCAGUAGGAGAGAAUUACUCUGCUGCGGCCCGAGUUCACGAAGUUCAUGUACAGCCUGAGGCUCUCAAUAAGUCUUUCCAUCAGGCAUACAAAGCCCAGAGCAAGCACUUCCCCAACUAUGGCCUGAGCCAGGGGCUAAGCUCCAAGCAGUGGUGGGCUGAUGUUGUCAAACAGACUUUCAGACUCGCUGGUGUCCAUGAAGACAGGCUCCUCGCCACCAUUGCAGAAAGUCUCUAUCAGGAGUUCUGCAGUGCACAGAACUGGGAGUUGUUACCAGGUGCCAGGGAGACUCUGAGGCAGUGCCACCAGCUGGGCAUCCGUAUGGCCGUAAUCUCCAACUUCGACAAGAGGCUCGAGAAGAUUCUGUCUCACUGCAACCUCAGGCACCAUUUUGAAUUUGUCUUGACCUCGGAGGAGGCUGGCUUUGCCAAGCCAGACCAGCGGAUCUUUCAGAAGGCGCUGCACAUUUCUGGGGUAGCCCCACAUCAGGCAGCUCACGUGGGGGACAAUUAUGUGAAGGAUUAUAGGGCAGCCAGAGAUGUGGGCAUGCACAGCUUCCUGCUCACGAGGGCUGGGCGUGCAAACAAUUGGGAGCUACAGGUACCAAAGCAGCACGUCCUGCCUUCACUUACCCACUUGCUGUCUGUUAUCGAGAAGGGUUAACGGUGAAUCCCUCGCCUCUCCGCAGAGAUCACCAGGGACAAAACAGAUUCCUUACACCUCGUCGCUAAAAAGAGGGACCAGUUGUGCUGGGGGGGGGAGGAGGGGAAGGGAGAGGAUUUGGUUCUCCACCAGGUGAAUCAGGUUCUAAAGAGUAUCUGCACGUCCUGCUAUAGAGAGGGGGGGAAAGCAAACCCCGCUGAACUCAGUGAGAAGUACUUGCUAGCACCAUCCACAACAGCACAUUAGUCA